AUGGCGUCAAACCGCGUGCUGAUCAGCCAGGAGCCGAACCAGGGCGUGGAUUACGAGUUCUACCUCCCCAACGGACGCUCCAGACAGGGAUACUACUGGAGCUUUGGGUCCUGGUCGACCUGCAGCAGGGAGUGUGGAUCAGGCUACCAGUCUCGCCUGGUGUUCUGCACCAUCGAUAACGAGUCGUACCCCGAUUACCUGUGUGCGUCUCUGCCGAGGCCGCAGAACAACCGCACCUGCAACCCCCACACCUGCCCCCAGACCCGCAGGAUGGCGUACCUGUACCCUCCUCAGCUGUGGAGCUCCGCUCUCAGACCCAGAGCCUUUGUGUUCAG